AUGUCCUCGAGCGGUUCCCGGCUAAGGCCGCAGAACAAAUUCUCCCUGAAAAAAGAUGCGGCGGCAAAGACACGGCUUUCUUCUGGCUUGGAGGGUUUCAGCUUCUCCAAUUCGAGUGGCGCUCUCGAGAACAAUCACACAGAAGUCCACUCAGAGGCUCUUCUAGCUGCCGCCGCAGGCUUCUCUCUGACAUUGCAAUUUCUCGAGCGAAGUGAUGAUUCCCCCGUCGUCACUCCUGCCAUUUUGGAUAGUGUUGGCUCGUCAACUGAGAUCCUCAGCCGCGUAGCGAAGACUGGCACGGAUGACAACAAGGACUUGAAGCAACUUGGAGAGAAAGCGGAUGAGGUCAUGCAGGCUGUCGGCCGUGUGAAGGAGAUAUUCAAGACGUGGGAGUACUUGGAAAGCAAAGAAGAAACUUCAGAGUUGCCUGAGGCAGCAGAAGGGUUCGACGAUCCUUCUGCCGUAGCGGAGCCGGAGGUGGUUGCGGAGGAGACGAAGCUUCUCCCUCGCGCCCCGACGUCCGAUUUUUCUGAUGAGUUGCGGUCCCGUGAAGAACGUUUGGCAGCCGAAGACCCUCCCACUCACUCUGACGACAAUAGUAGACAUACGACGGACCUAACCGCAGCUCACGUGCAGCUUGAGGAGAGCCAUCAGUCCUCGUCGAAGGCAGAUGCCCACACUUCGCUGGCAGGAAGAUCCACAGACCACGGUGAGCCUGAACAAAACAACGACCCCGUUCUAAAAGACACUGGAACGGCAGAAGACCAACAGCAAGGCGUGGCCACCGGACUCCCAAGAUGGGGGGAAGUUGCAGAGGAGGAAACAGAGCCGUUUACGGGCCGCAAAAAAACAACCACCGACGGCGCCCACGGCGAUGGAGAUGUCCGUGAGACGCAGGAGGGAGAGCCUGAAAUCAACGUCGCGGAAGGGAACAGCGACGAAUUGAGGAUUGCCGCGCAACACGAGGAAACUGGAGACGAGGAUGACGAGGAACAAGGCGAAGCUAUCGAUGAACAGAAGCUUGAUGCAGAUAGCAAUCGUCUGGCGGUCACGGAGACCGUUGAGGGGCUGAAGGCUGUGGUAUCUGGAUCUUCCUUUGCAGUGGAGCAGAAUGAAGCUGAUCCAAGUGCCGCACCCUCCGACGUUAUCCCCACAAGCGACGAAACACAACAGGCUGAUGAUCGAGCUCCGGAUGCCGUAGAGGAGAAACCGGCUGCUGCUGGAAAUGCUGACCGCACGCUACCCGAGGUUAACAUCACCGAAGAAGCAGAUGCUGUGGUAGAGAAAAGCGAAAGUUCUGCGGAAGCCACUGGUGACGACAGGGCUGCAACCGGCUUGACGGCUCUCGAGCCCCUCGCGUUUAUGCACAGCACUGACGCACGUACGCAGGUGCAGGUUGCGGUCCACGCGGAAGACAAGAACUCUAAGGAGCCUUUUGAUCUGCGGGAGCAAGGCCACGACUUUGACACCGAGCUACAGGAGGAAUCGCACGAAACGGAACUGGGCGACGACUCUAAAGAAAGGAAGACAGUAGAAGGCACAGAAAGCCUUAGCAAAUCCGACCACUCGGCAGAGUAUUCACUGGUUUCAUCUGCAUCCGUGAACCAGUCGGAGGAUGAUCUGUUUGCGCUACAAGAUGAAGACACCAGUGCACGACUCCCGUACGGAGACGAGACUGCGGCAGCUCCUUCGGAGGCUUCAUUCACACAAAGUGAAACCGAAGACGAUUCGUCGCACGAAGCGGAUCAAUCGCCAACCCCAGGCCUAUCGAAGACCUCCUCUCUGGCAGAGAGUGGACCCAGGAAGAGGCGAAGCGACCGUGCAAAUGAAACGAACGCUCAGGGAAACCGAGAUACAGAGCGUACAGGGACGAAGCUUGGAACAGCUCAGAGGGAGCCGGAAUCAAAAGAAACGGACGAAGCUGCAGAGGAAUUCCUUCCAAGGCAUCCUAGGACCAGGCCUCUGUUGAAGGGAGUUGAGAACGGAGAGCAGCAGCAGGGUGGGGAGCACAGAGACGGGGGAUCGGAAGAAGAUGUAGUUCCCCUCGAAAGGCAAGUGGAAACCGCAGGACAGAUGAGCUCUACGAACGAAACUACGGAAAACAAAGCGGCGCCACAGAUCAGUGCUGACAAUGCUCCACCAGAAGCCGUCACCAACAAGUCUGAGCCAGACGUUGACAAGUUUUUGCAGUCGAAAACCUUAGAUGAGCUAAUGAAGGCGAAAUCGUUGGAUGAUCUCCGACGGAUCCUUGGUCCUUACAUGAAGGUGACAAUUAAGGACGCUCUCGCGUUUAAAGAACUCUCGGAUAAGCUAAAGGAAUCGGGAGUGAAGGAGGCAGAAAUUAGGGGGAUGAUGGCUAUGGAGAAAACACCUUGGAGGGCAUUCGCAUUGAAAAUUGGUCUCUCGGAAAGGUCAACUGAAACUCUGGAGCGGUGUCUGGCGCAGCUUAUCCGCUAG